UCUUUCAUCGCCAGAAGAGCCUUUGUCUCUGCUCCCAUCCGUUCUUUCCAGACUGCACCCGUUCUGAGAGUCGGCAAGGAGAGCGCUCUCAUCUUCAUUGGCACCGGCAUGGCGCAAAACAACGCCUGGCACAUUUCGAGCGAGGGUCGCGCUGACGAGGCCGAGAGAAUCAAGAACGAGCAGAUCGAGAAGCAGAAGCAGGGCAAGGGUGAAUGGCACGAGGAGAUUGCCAGUGACAGCGAGAGCAUCGUCAAGGCAGACAGAGGUGACAUCAAGGCCGACGCCGACACGAUAAAGCAACUGCAGAAGGAGACCGAGAAGCUCGCUUCGCAGAAGAAG